AUGGAUUCUGCUUCCGAAAAUGACUCUGAUUUUGAGUUUGAAUCCGAAUCAGACAGCGAAGAUGAUGUUCCCCAGCCAUCAAACAGAAUAUGGACAAAUGUAGGGUAUGUGCACGAUUUUGAAUAUCCUCAUGCUAUCAGGCCGUUUUCGAGACAUAUGGGCCCUGUUAAUCCACCUGAUGUUGAAGCUCCACCUGUUGAAUAUUUUAACAAACUUUCUGUUCCUGAUGUUGGUAGAAGUCUUAUAGACAUUCUGGUCCAGGAAACAAAUCGCUAUGCAGGACAGGUUCUUUCCUCGCAGCGUGAUCCCAAACCUUAUUCAAGGAACCAUAAAUGGUCAGAUACUAAUCAUAGUGAAAUGUCAGCUUAUUUGGGGUUGUAUUUGUCGAUGGGAAUACUAAAAAAACCAAGCAUUGAGUCUUACUGGCAGGAAUCGCCCUGGCUUUUUAGGUCACCAGCUUAUCCAGAGGUUAUGACCAGAGACAGGUUUCAGAUUAUUUCCAAAUUUCUCCAUUGCAAUGAUAAUGCAACAUAUGUCCCACGCGGGACCCCUGGGUAUGACCCAGCGCACAAGUUUCGACCAGUACUGGACCUUAUUAAUAGUACAUUUCCAAAAGCAUACGACUUGGCAAGAGAUCUUACUAUUGAUGAAAGUAUGGUUGGAUUUAAGGGUCGCAAUGACAUAGUGCAGUAUGUUCCUGCCAAAAAGUCACAUCAGUGGGGAGCGAAACUGUUUGUUUUAGCGGAGUCUGACACUGGAUACAAUGCGGCUGUUCAAUUAUAUGCAGGUAGACAACAGGAUGACCCUCGCAGUGUUCAUGGUGUAGGGUAUGUUAUCAUGCAGUUAAUUCAGCCGUAUCUGUACCGACAUCAUCAUGUUGUGUGCGAUAAUUAUUUUACAAGUGCAGCUCUUUGUGAUGUACUUUUUGAAUCAGAUACCUACAUGACUGGCACUGUAAGGGUUUGCAGGAAGGGUAUGCCACGUUCACUGCGCGGGCUGAAAUUACAACGAGGGGAGUCGGUAGUGAAACAGAGUGGCCCCAUUAUGACACUGUGUUACGGAGAUCGGAAAACAGUGACAUUUAUGUCUACACUUUCAAAACCUAACAUUAUUUCCACACAAAAUGCUAGAGGUGUAGAAGUUGAUGUUCCUGAGGUCAAUCUUGUUUACAACAAGGAGAUGGGCGGUGUCGACUUGUCGGAUAAAUCGCUGGAAUUGUAUGACCCUGACGUCAGAUCCAACAAAAUGUGGAAGAAAAUCCUCAUUAAUUUUCUUCUGAGAAUUUUAUCCAAUGCCUAUAUCAUUUAUCGGCAAAACAGGGGACUGCGCAUCAAAAUGAGCCGGAUAGAUUUUUACAUGAUGGUAUGUAUGGGCCUUAUUGGGGAUUUCAGCCAGGAGAAACGUCAGACCGGAAGGUCAAGUCUCUGCCCUUUGGCCAGAUUGAGAGAGAGACAUUUCAUUGAACAAAUGGAUGAGAUAGGGAAAUUUGACAAUGCAAAAGCUGAAGUUCUCCCGUUUGCCAUAAAGUGA